CCGCUCACAGUGCGACACACACGGAUACUGUCUGACUGACUUUGGAUAUUUUGGGGUCCCAGAAGAAGCCUGGAAAGAGAAAAGAGGGGUAACAGGAGGAAAACAGAGAUUUAAGUCGGUUUCUAACGGCGGCAUGGCGGACCGGGACCCGGUGCCGCUUCCUACGGAGGUGCGGGCCAGACUGGCGGAGCUGGAGCUGGAGUUAUCCGAGGGUGACAUCACACAGAAGGGCUAUGAAAAGAAGCGGUCCAAGCUGAUUGGCUCCUACUUCCCUCAAACACCAGGAAUGGAUCCGCCGAUGGGCCAGGAGAGGAGAGCUCCGGUCACCCCGUCCUCGUCUUCACGCUACCACCGACGGCGGUCUUCUGGCUCCAGAGAUGAACGCUACCGAUCAGAUGUUCAUACAGAAGCCGUACAGGCGGCCCUGGCGAAGCACAAAGAGAGGAAGAUGGCCGUGCCGAUGCCUUCGAAGAGACGGUCACUGGUGGUCCAAUCCUCCAUGGAUGCCUACACACCACCAGAUACCUCCUCAGGCUCAGAGGGAGAAGGUCAGGGCGAUGGCGAUGAAGGAGGAGGAGGAGACUGCAACGAAGAGGACGGAGGAGGUGGUGGAGGAACCUCCAGCCGGGAGGGGAGCAUCAGCAUGGAGCACUGGAUUAGCCGAGCCAUCCACGGCACCUCCUCUACCACCACCUCCUCCACAGCCUCCUCAUCCUCGUCCUCCACACGCAGCGGAGGGAGCGGGGCGGCGGGCGGCAGGCUGGCCGACGUCCUGGCCCAACACGUCCACAUCUCUGCCCACCGCCACCACCACCACCACCCCCGCCACCACCACCACCAUCAUCAUCACCACAAGACGGAGAACCACUCGGCCCCUCCAGAUGUCACCGGUUACACCAACAACACCGCUGAUGGGAUCCAGGUGGAGAGGGCCCCAGGCGCUGGCAACGUUGCCCAGAGACAGACGCCAAAGUACGGCAACGCUGAGCUGAUGGAGACUGGAGACGGUGUUCCUGUCAGCAGCAGAGUUUCAGCCAAAAUUCAACAACUCGUCAACACUCUCAAGAGACCCAAACGGCCGCCGCUGAGAGAGUUCUUUGUGGACGAUUUUGAGGAGCUCCUGGAAGUCCAGCAGCCGGACCCCAACCAGCCAAAGGCAGAGGGAGCCCAGAUGGUGGCUAUACGCGGCGAGCAGCUGGGUGUGGUGACUAACUGGCCCCCGUCCCUUGAGGCGGCCCUGCAAAGGUGGGGCACCAUCUCGCCCAAAGCCCCCUGCCUCACCACCAUGGACACCAACGGCAAGCCGCUCUACGUGCUCACCUACGGAAAACUGUGGUCCAGGAGCGUGAAGGUGGCGUACAACCUGCUGCACAAACUGGGAACCAAACAGGAACCACUGGUCAGACCUGGGGACCGGGUGGCACUGGUCUUCCCGAACAACGACCCUGCUGCCUUCAUGACGGCAUUUUACGGCUGCCUGCUGGCCGAGGUCGUCCCUGUGCCAAUAGAAGUACCACUAACCAGAAAGGACGCGGGCAGUCAGCAGAUCGGGUUCCUGUUGGGGAGCUGUGGAGUGACGGUGGCUUUGACCAGCGAUGCCUGCCAUAAAGGGUUACCCAAGAGUCCCACAGGAGAGAUCCCACAGUUCAAAGGCUGGCCCAAGGUGCUGUGGUUCGUCACAGAGUCCAAACACCUCUCCAAACCUCCCCGAGACUGGUUCCCACAUAUCAAGGAUGCCAACCAGGACACUGCCUACAUCGAGUAUAAGACGUGUAAGGACGGCAGCGUCCUCGGUGUGACGGUGAUGAGGAUAGCCAUGCUCACACACUGCCAGACCCUCACGCAGUCCUGCUCUUACACAGAAGCUGAGACCAUAGUGAAUGUAUUAGACUUCAAGAAGGAUGUUGGACUGUGGCACGCCGUCCUGACUAGUGUAAUGAAUAUGAUGCAUGUCAUCAGUAUUCCCUACGCCCUCAUGAAGGUCAACCCUCUCUCCUGGAUCCAGAAAGUCUGCCAGUACAAAGCUAAGGUGGCGUGUGUGAAGUCGCGGGAUAUGCACUGGGCUCUGGUGGCCCACCGGGAGCAGCGAGACAUCAGCCUGAGCUCUCUGCGCAUGCUGGUGGUGGCUGACGGUUCAAAUCCCUGGUCGAUCUCCUCGUGUGACGCCUUCCUCAACGUCUUCCAGUCUAAAGGUUUGAAGCCGGAGGUCAUCUGUCCCUGUGCCAGCUCCCCUGAGGCUUUGACUGUAGCCAUAAGGAGGCCCUUGGAGGAGGGCAGCACCCCUCCAGGUCGUGGCGUGCUGUCAAUGCAGGGUCUGAGUCACGGCGUGAUCCGGGUGGACUCUGAGGAGAAGCUGUCGGUGCUCACGCUACAGGACGUUGGCUCCGUCAUGCCUGGAGGUUUGAUGUGUGUGGUGAGACCUGAAGGUGUCCCUCAGCUCUGUAAAACCGAUGAGAUCGGGGAGUUGUGCGUUUGUACUGUCGCCACUGGAACCUCUUACUAUGGUCUAAGUGGCAUGACCAAGAACACCUUCGAGGUCUUUCCCACGUGUAACAACGGGGCUCCCAUCAGCGAGUUUCCCUUCACCAGGACCGGUCUCUUGGGAUUCAUCGGACCUGCAGGUCUGAUAUUUGUGGCAGGGAAGAUGGAUGGUCUGAUGGUGGUGGGGACGCGUCAGCACAACGCUGACGACAUUGUCGCUACGGCGCUGGCCGUAGAGCCCAUGAAGUUUGUGUACAGGGGCAGGAUAGCAGUGUUCUCCAUCACAGUUCUUCACGACGAGAGGAUUGUGGUCGUAGCUGAGCAGCGGCCCGACUCCACUGAGGAGGACAGCUUUCAGUGGAUGAGCCGAGUCCUGCAGGCUAUAGAUGGUAUCCAUCAGGUGGGGGUGUACUGCCUGGCUCUGGUGCCCUCCAACACUCUGCCUAAGACUCCUCUGGGUGGCAUCCACCUGUCAGAGACCAAGCAGUUGUUCUUGGAGGGGGCACUGCAUCCCUGCAAUGUGCUCAUGUGUCCACACACCUGCGUCACCAACCUGCCCAAACCCAGGCAGAAACAGCCAGAGAUUGGUCCUGCGUCGGUCAUGGUUGGUAAUCUAGUGUCGGGGAAGAGGAUCGCCCAGGCCAGCGGCAGAGAUCUGGGUCAGAUUGAAGACAAUGACCAGGCAAGGAAGUUCCUCUUCCUGUCAGAGGUGUUACAGUGGAGAGCCCAGACCACUCCAGACCACGUCCUUUAUACUCUACUCAACUCCAGGGGUACCAUAGCCAGCUCUCUGACUUGCGUCCAGCUUCAUAAAAGGGCGGAGAAGAUUGCGGGGAUGCUGGCUGAACGGGGCCACCUACAGGAUGGGGACCAUGUGGCCCUGGUGUAUCCUCCAGGUAUCGACCUCAUCGUGGCGUUUUACGGCUGCCUGUACGCCGGUUGUGUGCCAAUCACGGUGCGACCGCCUCACCCUCAGAACAUCGCCACCACGCUGCCCACUGUCAAGAUGAUCGUGGAGGUCAGCCGCUCCGUGUGUGUGAUGACCACACAGCUCAUCUGUAAACUGCUGCGGUCAAAGGAAGCCUCGGCCGCUGUGGACGUCCGGACAUGGCCUCCAGUUAUGGACACAGAUGAUUUGCCAAAGAAGAAACCUCCUCUACUGUACAAACCGUCCAACCCCGAAACCCUGGCCUACCUGGACUUCAGUGUCUCCACCACCGGCAUGCUCGCUGGAGUCAAGAUGUCUCACACAGCCACCAGUGCCUUCUGCCGCUCCAUCAAGCUGCAGUGCGAGCUUUACCCAUCCAGAGAGGUCGCCAUCUGCCUGGACCCGUACUGUGGCCUGGGCUUCGUCCUCUGGUGCCUUUGCAGUGUGUACUCAGGUCACCAGUCCAUCCUGAUCCCUCCGUCUGAGCUGGAGGUGAACCCGGCUCUCUGGCUCUCAGCUGUCAGUCAGUACAAAGUCCGAGACACGUUCUGCUCCUACAGCGUCAUGGAGCUCUGCACCAAGGGCCUCGGCCUGCAGACCGAUUCUCUGAAGUCUCGAGGGCUGGAUUUGUCCCGGGUCAGGACCUGUGUGGUUGUAGCAGAGGAGCGUCCAAGGACCGCCCUGACGCAGUCCUUCUCCAAACUCUUCAAGGACUUGGGACUCCACCCUCGAGCCGUCAGCACCUCCUUCGGCUGCAGGGUCAACCUGGCAAUCUGCCUGCAGCCUCACAGGCUGGGAAAGCUUGCCGACCAGGGCACGUCAGGACCCGACCCCACGACUGUGUUCGUUGACAUGAGAGCUCUACGGCACGACAGGGUCAGACUGGUAGAGCGGGGGUCACCACACAGCCUGCCGCUGAUGGAGUCUGGGAAGAUCCUACCGGGGGUCCGGAUCAUCAUCGCCAACCCAGAGACAAAGGGACCAAUGGGAGAGUCGCAUCUUGGAGAGAUCUGGGUUCACAGCGGCCACAACGCCAGCGGCUACUUCACCGUCUACGGGGACGAGGCGCUACAGUCCGAUCAUUUCAACUCCAGACUGAGCUUCGGGGACACCCAGACCAUCUGGGCCCGAACCGGAUACCUGGGCUUCCUCCGCAGGACGGAGCUGACUGAUGCCAGCGGAGAGCGCCAUGACGCCCUGUACGUGGUCGGUGCUCUGGAGGAGGCCAUGGAGCUGAGAGGGAUGCGUUACCACCCGAUCGACAUCGAGACCUCCGUCAUCAGGACGCACAAGAGCAUCACGGAGUGCGCCGUGUUCACAUGGACCAACCUCCUGGUGGUUGUGGUGGAGCUGGACGGCUCGGAGCAGGAGGCCCUGGACCUGGUCCCCCUGGUGACCAACGUGGUCCUGGAGGAGCACUACCUGAUAGUGGGCGUGGUGGUGGUGGUCGACAUCGGCGUCAUCCCCAUCAACUCCCGGGGCGAGAAGCAGCGCAUGCAUCUGCGUGACGGCUUCCUGGCCGACCAGUUGGACCCCAUCUACGUGGCGUACAACAUGUAACGCCCCCUGGUGGCAACACGGAGAGGGAUGAAGGAUUAUUGAGGGAGAUGCAAAGACAGGCUGCUCCUGAGACUGAAAACAGGGGCGGGAGGCCAAGUUUGCAGCACAGAGCAGACCUUGGAGGAUUCUGUGCUGCUGCCAACUAGCUCCCAAAAUCAAGUGGUUAUAUUUAGGAUACCAGAGUUCAGAAUGUGGUAAUGUGGUCAAAGAAAGUCCCCGUUUUUACCAACUGUUCACCAAAAAGUAGCACUCAUAGAGCCUGGAGCGGAGAGAGGACAAUCAUCAGAGUCAGGCUUUAAUUAUGUGUGGCUCACUUUACGUUUUCCUGUUACAUAUUUGCUGCAGUUUUUGAUUUGUUUCUUUUUUUACAUAUCCUCUAGAAAAGGUGAAGGCUAUUUUUGGAAUAGGAUAUUUACACAAAAACGAAACAUUGUAGCAAAAAGGAUAUUUUAUGUUUUUACGAUGAACAUCACACAGAGCGAGAUAUGUUUUGAUACGAGGGUGGGGUCUGAGGGGGGGAACAAACCGCGGCCGUCCUUCGAUUUUACAAGGUACUACACGUUUGUGUCAUGUUAGCUUGUUCUGUUUUUUUAAAGCCUAAGUGUUACUUUUUUAUCCAGAGUCAUUUCAGACCGUCCAGCCCUCCUCAGCAGGGACUCAGUGUGCUAAUUUCCACAAACUAACAGCUGCAGCCUUUAAGUCCGUUUACUUUUCGUACAAACACAGCUAACAUAAUCAUAUCAUGUAAGUAUGUACAAACAGAAACUGAUUUAAUUUAUUUUGUUUCUCUUUUAGAAGUAUAUGACGAGACGUUCAAGAAUGUUCCGCUCUUGAAUAUUUGCUAAUAUAAAAAAAAUCAAUGAAGCAUCGUAUUAUCUGAGUGCACAUCAAGCAUAUAAUGGAGAAAUAUGAUAAUAGAUUUUAUGAAGUGAAGGAUUCACAUCAGAGAGUAGGAGUGUGUCACGUUGGUCUAAAGGUUUUCGCUUUGAGGAGUUUUAUUCCAGUUUAAAAAUGAAGAAUCUGAACCAAACGUCCAAUUUAAGGACAUAAAGAUCAGGUUUUAUUUGACUAAAUGUAAACAUUUUGAGACAAUUAUGACUCUAAAUUAAAAAUGAUUACCUGGUGUUUUUAAAUGGUGUACUCAGCAUUGCAUAAGUAAGACAUAAUGUAUAAUGAACAGGAGGUUAGAAACAAAUUAAAAACCUGACAGGGUGAGUUAGACCACAAUGCUAAACAGGACUCCUGCAGGAAUAUGUAAGACUGAAUGUCUGUCCUCAGAAAAGCCAAGUUAGUGUGACUCAAGUAAGAGAUAAUGUAUAGUGAAUAGGUGGUUAUGCAAAUUUGAAUCCGGACAGGGUGAACCAGACUUCUGCAGGACUCUUUACGGUGACAUUUCUGUCCUCAGAACGGUUGUUGCUGCGAAUUAAGUGAGGGAUAAUGUGAAAUGAACCGGCGGUUAUGCAAAUUAGAAACCUGACAGGGUGAGCAAGACCCCAGUGGUGAAAAGGACACCUGCAGGAACAUGUAAAGUUAAAUCUACGACCUCAGAAAGGUUGUUACUGCAACUGAAGUGAGGGAUAAUGUGAAAUGAAAGUUUGGUUAUGCAAAUUAGAAACCUGACAGGGUGAGCAAGACCCCAGUGGUGAAAAGGACACCUGCAGGAACAUGUAAAGUUAAAUCUACGACCUCAGAAAGGUUGUUACUGCAACUGAAGUGAGGGAUAAUGUGAAAUGAAAGGUUGGUUAUGCAAAUUAGAAACCUGACAGGGUGAGCAGGACCUAGAUGAUCACGAUACAUUAUCAUGAUUAUUAUGUAGCAAUGAAUUAGUCGAUACAGACUUCUGAUUUAACAGGAUUUAAAUCUGUCUUUAACACUUCAUUCUGGGAUGAGUUAACAUCAAACUGAAGACCGGAUCUUAAGUUCAGUUGUGAAAAUCUGAGAACAGGAGGCUGUACAUACGUUAUCAAGUUAAAAACAAUCAGGUAUUAGACUUCUUCCUUUGUAUUGAGGCGUUUUGAAAGCAACUAAAGCAGCAUUGUGAUUUUAAACUUAAAGGGAAUAAUACUCUUCAAGCUCUCCAAACUCUGAGCACCUUAAGGAAACUUUACACACUCCUCUGCUGACCUCUAGUGGUGGAAGUGGGAAUUACACCAACAACAAACUUACCAGCUUUGAGGGGUCAUAAUUCUCCAUACGUUGAGUUUAUCAGAAACUGAAAGGAUUUGAAAAUAUGAUAAACAGAUAGUUGAUUUUAUUUUAAACUGGGAUGAAACUCCUCAAAUCAAUCAGACCGACAGCAGGACUGGAUUCUUUUCUUUUCACACCGUCGGCUGGGAAAAAGUGAACCCUCGUCUACACCUUGGAGCGUGCCUGUGGAGGCAGACAGGUUGCGUUUUGUAAAUAUCAGAGUCAGAAAUCCUUCAUAUUUUUACACGGACGGAUCAAUCAGGGCUCACAGAGAUGUCACAACAAGAAGAAGAAGAGACUGAAGCAGGGAGGCGUUUUAACCAGAGACCCUUUAACUCCCCACAGAGCUGCGGACGAGGUCAAAGAUCGACGUUCAGACCGUGAAGGUCAGAGCUUCUUGGCGGAGAAUGUUCAACACUCGAGGAGGUUUUUAGAAAAGACAAAAAGCACUUUCUUCACUGUUUGUUUCUCUUUCUUUAUCAGCGAAAUGUACGUCCCAGUCUGUUCUUUUAAAGGUUUUAAAAAUGUCUUAUUUGAGUUGACGUAAAGUCUUUCAAUUAAAUAAAUAUUUCAACAGUUUUGACUAUAAAAGGUGA